AUGGCUAAUAAGGAAGAACAUUUAGAGUUGGGGUAUCUAACUCCAGCUAGAAAGGUUAAAAGUAUGCAGGAAGAUGUAACUAAUAAUGAAUGUAUGGACGAUUUAAGUAAAUACAUGGAAAUAGAUGAUAAAUUAAACAAAAUAAGCCAUGAAUUAUUGAGAAACUCUGAAUUUACAAAUAUAUUGGCUAAAAUAGUCAUGCAAACUGCAACCAAUCUGUCAGAAUUGAAGGGUUUAUUAUGCCAUUCUCUGUUGGAUAACUGGUUUAAGCUGAAGUGUGAGCUUUUAUUAUUAAAGGACAAAUUAGCUACAGUAAAUAAUAUAGAGAAUAGUUCGAAUACUCUUGAAAACAUUUAUAUUGGCUAUUUGAAGAGUGAACUUGAUGAUCCAUCUAAUUUGAAUAAUUUAACCUCAUCUAUACUAGAGACAUACAAUGAUAAAUUAGCAUUUGUACAACUCGAGAAUAAAAUAUUAAAUUUUGAAACUAAUGUAACUAAUUUAGAAGUAUUAGAUAAAAUGUUUAUUAUGGAGAUUUUAUUUAGAUAUAGAUUAUAUGAAAUAAGGAAUAGACUAAACCUACUAGUUGAUAGACAUGAAGAGGAUAUAAAUACAUUAAAUAGGAAAGAUAAAGAUGCAUUUUAUCUAGAGAGCGUACUAAGAAAAGAAGUUAACUCAACAUAUAUUGAAAAUUGUAGGUUAAAAACCGAGUUAUCUGAGUUAAAACAGAACAGUGAGUAUUUAAUAUACCAGAAAGAUAUGGAGAUUAAUCAAUUGGCAAGUGCCCUACAAAACUUACAGUAUCAAUUAGAUCAUUCAAUUCAUAAUAUUAGAGACAAACUAAGGUGUAAAUACGGUGAGAUAGAUUGUUUAAACUAUCAGGCUUUUAAUAUAUGUAAUAAUUUACAAUUAGAAACUGUACCUAACCAAAAUUUUGAGAUGAAUAGUCUCAAUAGUCAGUUAAGCAAUAGAUCUAACCCUAUAGCCUUUAGUGAAAAUAUUUAUAAUUCAGAAGAUGGCACAUUGCAAUUAAAAAGAAAAUUUGAUAAAAAUACAGAUAUAAGUAGCUUUUACAUAAUUAAUGAGAAUUUUGAAUCUGAAGAUAAAGAAAGGCUAAACAGAAAAAAAGCCGAAAUUGGAUCUGAAAAAUCAAAAUUACAAAUAAGUAAUAGUAAAGUAGAAGCAAUGGAUUAUACCAGAUAUAUUGCUAUUACAAAGGGAAGUCAGAAAAAAUUGGGUAACAGUUCAAUAGAAUAUCCAAUAUAUUCUGUAAAUAGCUCAGCGGAUAACUCCACAUCUAAUUCAAUUGAUAAUAUAAUGGCAUCUAAUAUUUUUGUGAAGGAUAGUUCGGAAUUAUCAGAUCAGUGUAAAGUAGAUCACUUAAGUACUUCAUUGGACUUUCCAAAAGCUACAGCUAGUGAUAAUCUUACACUAGUACCGAGGAGUCCAGUAGUUUCAGAUGUAAUAAUAAGACCAAUUAUACCAAACCAUAAAUUAGUGGAGCAAAUCUUUUCUAAAGAUACUGAUAACAUAACUUUUAUCAAAGUAAAAAGUCAGGAAUCUAACAAAAGUCUUUCUACAUUAGAGAAGGAAACAAUGCAAAAUUCAUUAUACAAGGUUCCACUUUGUUCUCAUUCAAAAAUAAACUUAUAUAAUAAUUUAGACUCUAAUUAUUCAGAUAUUAAUAAGAGGAUGUCUUCAGAAAAUACUUUGCAGAGUAGUUGUGUAGAUUUACAAAUAACAAAUGAUUUCUAUCAAGGAGAAGAGAUUAAAUCAGAAAAAUCUAAUUCAAAUAUAAUGAGUAAAACUUUGAAUUGUAAUCCAAAUACAGCUCUAUAUCAUCUUAAUACAGUAGAUAACUUCAAAAGUGACAAGUUUUUGGACAUUUCCAAUGAAAAUAUGGAAUAUCCCAAAAUACAGGAUGGUACCAUUGUAGAAUUAGAAAUAUCAAAUAAAUAUGGGAGACACUUAAAAGAGUCCGAUACAAUUAUAAAAGAUAUAAAUUUUCCCAAUAGCAUUGUGGAGGAGACAAAGUUACCAGAUAAAGUCAUAGAUCUUUCUAAGGGAUUUCUAGAAACUGAAAAGUAUUCUAGAUUAUCUAAUAAUAUUAAUAAUUUUAUGCAGAGUGACAACUUAAUAGAAGAGACUAAAACUUCAAGAAAUAUUUCCGAAAUCCCUCAAAUAUGUGCUAAACCUUUAGUAACUUGUGAAUCAUCUUAUCUGACACAAAAUUCACAAAUAUAUACCGAAUCUUCAGAUAUUCACAAAAAUACAUCUGAAAAUAUGAUUAUUACUAACAUAUCUAAUGAAAUAAUAACCAAAUUAGAAGAUUCAAUAUUAGAUCCUAAAAUUGCACUAGAUAUGUCACUGGAUAUGUCUAAAUUAAAAAUACCACAAAGUGAAAAGAGCAUCAAGUCUAUGAAUGAAGCCACAUAUUUACAAUCAGACAAGACUACAAGCUCCAAUAAAUCAGCAAAGACUCCAAAGACUAAAUCUAGCGGAAAAUUAUCAUUAAACUUUGGAUCAGCAGAGAAUCCAAAAAAUAAAUCACGUGUAAAAUCAAAUGAAAAAAUUCCAUCAUUUAGAACUUUAGAGCAUAUAGAUACGAGGAAGAAGUCAGAAGUAUUCGUUACAUUACCUGGACUAGAAGUUAAAGAACAUGUUUUAAAGUCUACGAAACUAAAGAAGUUGGACACUGUAGAUAUUGAUAAGAAGAAGCGAACAGAAUCCAUUGAAGUAGCUUCCAUAUUAAAUCGCAGGAGUCUUAAGAAAAAAUUGAGCAAUUACAAUAUAUUUUUAAAUACAGUUGGGUGUUUAGGAACUUCUUGCAUGCCAAACAAAGAUAACAGAACAUUUCAUCAAAUAAACCAAAAUUUAAUUUUUAAAAAUAAGAAAGCUACUAAUUUUAAGGAAUCUCAAAGUAAAGCAUUGAGUAAAGAGGUAGUAAAUAAUAAGAAAAUUGCCAAUAAUAUCUCUGAUACUAUUUAUUGUACAGAUAACCUUGAAGGUAACUCAAAUUUAAUCAUAGACAAAUCUCUUGAUACUACUAAUUUUCCCCUUACAAGUCCUAUAAUAAAAGCAUAUAGAUCAACAAUUAAAUAUCUUAAGUCUAUAAAUGAUGAUAAUAAUCAACCUAAUGAAAACGCAACAAAUAAAAAGUAUAAUUUAGACUGGAAGAACAGUUCGUAUAUAAUGUACUCUCCAUCUCAAAAACAAAUUCAAUUAGAGCCUUUAAAUAUCAAAGAAAUUGAACCAGUAGUUUCAGGUCACCCAAGGUAUAGUAGAAGUCAGACUAGUCUAAUAGAAAUCAAUUCAAUGAAACCUACCUCUAUCAACUUAAUUUCAAAUAAUCAGUACACUUCUUCACUACAGUCUGUGUGCAAUUUGGGAAAUAAUAAUGGAAUUUCAAACACUCGAGGUACUCAGGACCCAGUCUUAGCUUAUCCAAAAUUUAUGACUUCUACAAAUAGACCUACCCAUUAUAAUUCAGGUUAUAACAAUCAUCACCGUAAUUUCACUACAUCAUUAAUAAAUCAAAUACCUGCCCGACAUAUAAACACUCACCAAAUUAAUUCUAUAUUUAAUUAUCCAAAGUACGCAGCUUCUGUUCCUCUACCUGUUGCUCUAACUCCAUUAUAUCAUCAUCUAAUACUUCCAAACGGGUUUCAGCCACUAUUCAAGCAAUAA